CUUUUGGAGUAAAAGUGUCAGAUAAAAUCCUCUGAACUGAUCCAUGAACAUGGAGCCGGUUUAUGUGCUAGCCUUGUGUGUGCUGGUGUCACUAUGUUCUGCCACCAGCCCCCCUCCGCCACCCAAGCUAACCCCACUAAACUGCAAUGAAACCAAGCUUCAGACAAACAUAGCAGCGGACUUGAUAAAUGAGCACCGGGAUGAGGGAUUUGUGCUAAGGCCAUUACGAAUUAAUUCUGCUUAUCAGCGAGAGUCAUUGAAAGUACGUGAUGGCUACAUCUACUACAUAGACUUCUUAGUCAUGGAAACAGAUUGCUCUGUCCUGAGUGGGAAGAAAUGGAAAGACUGUAGCGAUAAGCCUUUCUACGAACAGGCAAUUGGUGACUGCAAAGCCGUUGUUCUAAUAUCCAGGCCAUGGAGAGUACUGAAACUGCUAAAGUACAACUGCACCGUGACUCCAGUUCCUUCCCGUGUAGUUCACAGAACGUGUCCAGACUGCCCUGCAUUGAUAAGUAAUAUCACACCUGAAAUUAAAGCAAAGGCUGAUCGCUUGGUUGAAAAAUUCAAUAAAGAAAGCAACCAGACCAGUUAUUUUAAAGUGGACCAUGUAGAGAGAGUGCUAUCACAGUGGACGCGAGGACCAUCUUUAAGUUUCCAUUUUACUAUUAAAGAAACAGGUUGCUCGAAAGCACAGGCUGAUGUUAACCUAGAAACCUGCAAUGAUCUAAAAGACAAUGAAACACAUGUUGGUUACUGCAAAGGAAGAAUAUACACUAUGUCAGAUAACGUGGAAACGGUAGAGGUCUCCUGUGAAAUCUACGAGCCAAGGGAUGAUGAUGAUAAUGAUGAACACUGUGAUCAUGGAAAAGAAAAGUCAGAUCAAGGAAUGGAAAAGCCUGAUGCCAAAGGACCUGGCAAGGCAGGACCAGAUCAUCAUGCACAUGGUGAGCAUGGUCCAGAGCGGAAAGGUCAUAAACAUCACCACUGCCGGCCGCACCAUCAUAAACAUGGGCGUCAUCAUCAUCCUCACCAUCAUCAUCACCAUGACCAUCCACACGAUCAUCACAAACAUCAUGGAAAUGACAACCGUACUGCAGCUGAAGGACACAGCUCAUCAUCUGAAGAACACAUUAAUAGGAAAUCAUUUGUCAAAAAAACAAAGGAAAGCUUUCGUAUUUACUACAAAGCAGAUGAUUCCCAAAAUGCACCAUCUCCAACUGUCCCUCGCCCACCUCAUUUAGCAGGACCUCACAUAACACCUCUUCAUGAUAAGACUGAGUUUCCAGAUGAAGUUUCACCACUGAAAACUUGUCCUGGUGAACUACUGAUGGAGCUAUCACCAAUUUUAAAGGAACUUAUUUUUGUAUAGUAGAGCACAAGAACAAAAAUGUCUAAAAUGGAAUGUGAAAGACAUAUGUUAAAAGUCAAUAAACAUGUCUUAAAUAUAAA